AUGGGAGGCGCCAAUUUUAUAGUUUGUCCUCGAAAGCAAACAUAUAUAACUGUAGGACAAGACAAGACAAGCAAAGUGUUUCAAAAAAUUGUUCUACUUGGCAUGCGUCAUAGGGAUCACGCCGUGACAGGAAAUAUCCUAAAGUCCAUGAGUUCAGGAUUGGCCAACUAUUUUUUCGGCGCCAACUUAACUGAGAAACUGACUGUGGAGAAGUUCCUUGACUUUCAGAAGCAGCUGAUGACCGAGGUGCUGCAGUUGGAGUUCAACAGAUAUGAACCGACGAAUGGAAAAAUCAACGAAAGAGACUUCGCAGAUAGCAUCAUCAUCUACGCUGGUCACAAUUUCAAUAAGAGGUCCAAGAUGUUGAAGAAGGUUAAGAGGAACUUUGCCGGUGGGACCGUAAGUUAA